AUGGCGUACAUAUUCGCCUCUACGAACCACUUCCAACUGCUCAGCAAGUUCCAGAUGACCGUGCAGGUGCGCAGCAUGAGCAUCGUCAGUGCCAUAGUCACCCCCAUCAUUCUCGACCUCCAGGCUCCCGAGGUGUACAUCGAUAACCGCAAAGACGUGUGCCAGGCGGGCGAGUGUAACGGUGGGAAUCUUCUCGCCGACGCGGCGUUCGACUACUUCUCCGAGGUGGCCGUUGCCGGUGCCUGGAGCCAAAUAAAUGCAGUUGUCGUCAACGCUGGCUCCAUGAGCACGAGCUUUGACGAGAAAACGAAGAGUGGCGAGUUGCGGCUUGAAGAUGUGUUCCAAAUGUACCCAUACAACGACCAAUACAUGUUCGUCACGAUGCGUGGGACCACGCUUCAAAAUAUGAUGGAGUACUCCGGAAGGCGUGCUCCACCGUACACGAAGUUCCUACAACUCUCUGGAAUACGUGUGAAGUACAAAGCCAACCCUGGCGUAAACGAGAGCACCGUGUCAAGCCUGUUGAUCCUGUGCACAUCCUGCCGAACGCCCACCUACGAGCGCGUAAUUGGGAUCCAGUGGUACACGCUGGCCAUGUCCAGGUACCUCGCCAACGGAGGGGACGGCUACGACUUCACGCGUGUUCCACGGGGCUACAAAGUUUCAAGCAAUAUAAGCGACGACCUCAUAAUGCGCCACUAUCUCAAGAAGCGAUCGCCCAUCAUGCCAAUGCUGGAUGGCCGAAUCGUCUUCGAGAGCGGAGCACAAGCACUCGGUGCACCGUACUGGACAAGGGCAGCAUUUUCGAGCCUGUGCAUUGUCGCGGCGAUGACUGUAGCGACCUCCGCCUGA